AGCUGGAGGAUACCCCACAAUGAGGCCACUCCUGGUGCUUCUGCUUCUGGCCACGCUGUGCACUGACCUGGCCCGGGCCCUGCAGUGCGAGCCUCUGGUGGAGUGUGCCCCGCCCGACAAGUACUGUGUGAUUACUCGGGCCGCCAGCCCCGGGGGCGUCCUGGUCAUGAAGUCCUGCGCCCCGACCUGCCCCAACAGCACCGUGACCUCGGAUGGCCUGGCCCUCUCUGUCUCCUGCUGCCGGGACAACCAGUGCAGCAGCAGCGCGGCCACGGGCCUGCCGGGCGGCGCAGGCGCCCUGUGGGUCACCGCCAGCCUGCUGUGGACUCUGCUCUGGGCGGCCUGCUGAGCCCAGUCUCACCCGAGCCCUCGCAGCCUGCGUGGGGUCCGCCCUCAGCACUUGUCUCCCCGUCUCUCCUCCCUGCCUUCCCCAGGCCCCACCAGCCCCCUCCCAAGAGCAGCUCUCCCUGCCGCAGGGAACCAUCAGCAUGGACACACCCUCACCCGGCCUUCUCCUGGGUUCCAGGGGUCCCCUAGCCAUCCAGCAGUGGGAAGGGCACCUGGAUUCUCCCCAGCCCCUUCCAGCCCACUUGAGGGGCUCCCGCUGUGGAGCCCCUCUCCCUCAGGCCGUGCCUCUCGGGCCCCCUGUGCUCUGCGACCCCCGCUCCAGCUGUUCCUGUGCAGGCGAGGCAGGCCUGAGAGCAGGGCUUUGCACGCACCCCUCCAGCCACUCCUGCCCCAUGAGGACUCCUGCUCACCCGCCCGCCUGUCCGUUGCUCAGCUGGAGCACCCACGCCUCACAGACCCAGGGGACGUCCUCGGGGCCAGUGGGCCUGCCUCCUCGGGCUCUCACGCUGGGGCUCGGGGUGCGGAAGUCCAGGGGUGGGAUGGGGUUUCUGGAAAGUCACCAGCACCCCUGCCAGCCCCUGCCAGGUUGGCUGACCACGGCGGGGAUGGGCCUGUCUCCCCGAGGGCUUUCUCCCAGAUGUCAAGAGAGAAGGAAUAAAGCCGCAAGGCGGCUCUCAGCUCA